CAGUCGUUUUUGACUUUUCGUGGCGAUUUGAAGCAAUUUGGCGGACCUCUGGCGAGUCCGCAAUCCAGGUCAGAGAAAUAGUGUACCACAAGUGUUCAAAUAUAAAGUGCUCGCUGGGAAAAAAUUGCGUUUCGUACCGUACAAGUGUCGAGGACGUCGCAGUAAACACACAACCGCAAUCCGCACGGCAGCAGUCAAGUGUUCAGUUGAAUUUAGUGAUUUAGUUUGGCGAGUUCCGAUCCGCACGAGAAACAUUUCGCAAAGGUCGUGGCGUAACAGAGGACGAGUGUGAAGUGAAGAUAGUGUCCUGCCGCGUUUCGUCCGGCCCGUCCGCAGGUGAAAAAUUUCAGUUGCGCGCCCAUUUCCCUUGAAUAUCCGUCCGCAGCCCGGAGAGGGUUCGCAGACCGCGCUGGGACUUAAUUUGGAAAAAAAAGAUUGCCAGGCAGCCCGCGACCCAUCGCUCGCGCUGAUUUAAUUCGGGGCCAGUGACAUCGACGGCCAAAUCCCGUUCCACUUUGGUGUACAGCAAAUAAGAGACCUCAGUGGUGUUAUUACUCUGGAGCGCGUGUGGCGAGCUGGAACGCUAGUGCCAAGGCUCACCGACGAAAAAAUCCAGAUUUUGUUUCCAAGUGCCGUUACACAACGCAUCGACAAUUCACCACCACAGUGGAGAGUGGAGCGACGAAAAGCAAUCCGGACGGGAGCAGUGUUUACACAGAUUCUCGAAAAGGCCCGGCAACGGAACAGCAGGCGAGUCCCGGACAGACUGUGCUCGGAAGCUGGGAUUAGACUAUUCCGCGCUGGACUUGGUCCACGUGAAAUUAGAACUUGCAUCGUUCAAGUUGACAGCGGGCAAUUACAUGCAAAUAAUGCGUCAAAUGCAGGGCUCGCACCAGGCAGUUGGGUCUUUCACGCCGUUCCCGAUGCAAACGCGGUACCUGCUACGAUUGUAGAACAUUCAUAACAGCGUUGACUUGGGUCAGUUCUGUAAAUCUGUGAUCCAUCCGCGUCGUGUGGUGUAACUUUGUGAAUAAAAACUUCUUUCGUACGAAUCUGCACGGACAACAGUUUCAGUGCAAUACAACACUUGGCGAUAGGAGAACCGUGAAAAUUUGAAAAUUGCAGAGACAUUAGUGGGUGCCUUAGUUUUUCUCCCUGGGGGGAAUCACUGCAUCUCGGGAGUCCUGUCGUCGUCCUGUGAAUUCUGAGUAUUAGCUUCGCAAAAAAGCCUCCUGAUGAAAUGUAAAAGUUGGUCAAAUAAGUUCAACAACUUUGUUGUCCGUCGAUUGAAGUCGUUCAAGAUAAACGGUCAACAACAGGUUCUGUCCACAAUGCCAGCUAUGCCAAAAGAGAAAUCACCAGUAUCAAUAUCUGAGAAUCCUUAUUCUGAAAUCAUCAAUAUGACAGCUGUAUCAACCACAUAUUUAGGUACACCUAAAGUACCAACAGAGCUUUUGAAUAGUAUCACGUCGGCAACGGUUGCGGCCAAUACGGGAUCUAUUUCAUCCUCACCAGUAGCAACAAAUGACCCAACAGUAAUGUCUGAGUCUCAAUUUCGACAUGGGUUCUUAUCGAAGAAAAAAGAUUUUCCAAGACGGCGUUGCCCAGUAUCGUCUCGUUCAUCGUCGGCGCGAUCAUCUACAGUAGAUUGUCCAUCCUCAUCAUCGGCAUCAUCAUCGUUUUCGAAUACAUCAAGUACACCGACACUCGCGUCAGUGGAUUCUUCAAUAUCAACAACACCAAUGGCAGCACCAGACCAAAAAGAAAGUGAUCCAUCAUCAACAGGCACUCCACCAAAAACUACGCCAACAACGACAGUUACCGGCCGACCUAAUCAAACGGUCAUUAAGAAAACAGCAAAUGAUUUUAUUUUCGGUAAAUAUAUUGGCGAAGGCAGCUAUAGUACGGUGUAUUUGGCGAAGGAUGUUCAUACGAGUAAGGAGUAUGCAAUAAAAGUUUGCGACAAACAACAUAUUAUUCGCGAACGAAAACAGGAAUACAUUCGACGUGAACGCGAAGUCAUGCAUAUUAUGAACAAUGUUCCAGGCUUCGUGAAUCUCUCCUGUACGUUCCAAGAUUCACGAAAUCUCUAUUUCGUGAUGACAUAUGCAAAAAACAGUGAUCUCCUGCCGUAUAUCAAUCGAGUUGGAUCGUUUGACUUAGAAUGCACCUGCCAUUAUGCAGCCGAACUAGUUUUGGCUGUCGAGCAAAUGCAUAAGCGAGGGAUUGUACAUCGCGACCUGAAACCAGAAAAUAUCCUACUCGAUGAAAACAUGCACACUUUAAUCGCUGAUUUUGGAUCGGCGAAAAUCCUAACGGCUGAAAAGACUGAUUUAUCCUCUUCCUGUUCGACAAGCACUGAAGAUAGUCCUGCGGCAGCUUCUUAUUCGAAUGGUGGAACAACAGGAAACAUGCCACCUCGACGACGGGGAAGUUUCGUUGGUACAGCACAGUAUGUUUCACCUGAAGUCCUACAAGGAAAGGAGACAACAAAGGCUGCUGAUCUUUGGGCUUUAGGCUGUAUUAUAUAUCAAAUGAUUGCUGGUUUGCCUCCUUUUAGAGGUAGCAGUGAUUAUUUGAUAUUCCGCGAAAUUAUGAACCUGAAUCUAGUAUUUCCUGAAGGAUUCGAUAAGAAUGCCGAAGAUCUAGUCAGAAAGUUAUUGAAACUUGAUCCAGAAGAACGAAUUGGUGCUCAGGAUAAAGAUGGACGAUAUGAAAGCAUACGAACACAUCCAUUCUUUGAGAAAAUUAACUGGGAUACAAUUCGAAGAGAGAAACCACCACGAAUUAAUCCGUAUUUGCCGGGUGUUCAUGAAGAGGAGGAGUUAAGGAGUAACUAUUUUGUGCCACAUAAUUUGGAGCCUGGUUUGGAUGACCGACAGCUAAGCAGAUUGUUGGGGCUGGAGUUGGGCACAGCCGUUACGCCUAGUAUUGAAAAAACUAAACAAAAGGAGAAGAAGACUGAAUCUAAAAAUAAAUUAAACUUAAGUGAAGCAGAGAAGGAGCGUCGAUUAGAAUUACAAAGAAUUGAUAAAUGGAGUCAAUUUUGUGAUGGUGAAGUCAUACUGAAGAAAGGUUUCGUGAAUAAGCGAAAGGGAUUAUUUGCAAGAAAGCGAAUGUUACUAUUGACAACGGGCCCCCGACUAAUUUACGUCGAUCCAGUACAGAUGGUUAAGAAGGGAGAGAUUCCGUGGAGUGCUGAUCUGAGGGUAGAGCCUAAGAACUUCAAAAUAUUCUUUGUACAUACGCCAAAUCGGACCUACUAUCUCGAAGAUCCAGAAGGUUACGCCUUGGAAUGGGGAACUGAAAUUGAAAACGUCCGACAGAAAAUAUAUGGUGGAGAUAGUGAACCCUCAACUGCCAGUCAGAACGAACACACCAACUGAAAUACAACUUAAAAAGAUCUCGCCCAAAUAACUCAAACAACAUGAGAAGAAGACGUAGCUGAAUUUUUUUUAAAAAAAAAGAAGGAAUCAUAAAAUGCACAUUCUCGUUUCGCGGCACUUAGAAUGAGAUACUAAAAUAAAUCGAAAUCUUGUGAAUUACAACAAUUAAAUGAAAGCCAUUUGUGUGUCUGAUACACGUGCCACUGUCGAUUGUCUGUACAGUGCCACAACCAACUUCACCGUGUGGUAGACCGGUGAGAAAUUUCGAUCAAUGGAUCUUGAUUAAAAUAAUAAUAAUAAUAACGUAGUUAGUCACAAUUUCAAAUGAAAAUUCAAAGUAUGCGAACAAGGUGUAAUUAUAUUGUGAAUAAUUUUUUGCUUUCUAAAUAAAUUGUCUGAAUUCUGUAUCUAAACUAAUCUGCAAACGAUACGUUACUGUGGAGAUAUUGAAUUGUCGAACAGAAAUAUUGAAAUAUUGAAUUAUCGUUCAGUUAUUUUCCUUCUAUUUCGCUUUGUUCAUGAAAUAUAUACGUUUAAACGCAUUGAAAUGCGGAAAAUUUAGUUGAAUUAGAUUCACCAAAGGUGAAUGAAAAACACCCUACAUAGCUCUAAAGCAGCACAGACGAAAUAGAAAUCAAUUGAGAAGACUAUGUUUAAUUUAGUCCAAUUUGUGUAAUAGGCAAAGAAAACUAAUCUUAACUAGGUGAAACAAAAAUAACAAAAAACCACGAUGACUUCUAGACUAUACGCAAUAGCUAAUGAGAUACGGAGUCAUACACAUACAUGAAUAUACAACCAAAUCUAUGAUAAAUGUAAAUUUAUAUUAAAUGAAGUUAAUAUUUAGGAGAUAGACCGAGCGGCUGCGAAGGCCGCCGAUUAAAGUUGUCUUGUAAGUUGAGCAAAUAAGUUAAAUUAUACCUAAAGUAAGUUGUCUAGUUUGGAUGCUGGGGGCUGGACGAGGAUGCAGCACAAAAGUAAGAAUCACAAGCUGUUUAUUUUCUGCUACAUCUCCCUCCACCUCUCAGCGUCCAGAGUAAUAAGUAAUAGGAAAAGCACCCCAAUAGGUCGUGUAGUAUUUAACUUAUCCAAAUCGAUCAUAAAACGAAUUACUGAGUAUGAGUAAAACAAAAAGAAAAUGAAAAAAAAAUGACAAAAAACCGAUAACUGAAUUACUAAUUGAAGAGUCGUCGUUAGUGUGAAUUAUUAGAAAGAGGAAAAUAAUAAAAAUAAAUUGAAAUACUAAAAAAGGAGAAAAUAGAUUGAAUGGGGGAGUGGGUCUAGAAUGAAACAUUGUUAAUUUUUAUCAACAUAUUAGAAGUAACGUGUAAAUUGCGCGUGAGAGGUUGACGUGAAAUUGGAAAGAAAACUUUAAAAACAAAAAAAGAAAAUUCGGAAGUUGCAAGAACUUUGUCUUGAACUCGUUUGUUUUGCUUCUUUGCAGCAGCUCAUUCAUGGUUUUCCUCGUGUAUACUUUGGACCUCAUUAUUUCGUUUCAAUGCUGUCUGCAAGUGACUUUUUUUAAUUUCUGAAAUUUCAAUGUUUGAAAAACAUUUUUCUUUUUGGAAUGACUUAUAUUUUUAUAUUACUGUUGUUUUUGUGGAUUUAUUCCUUUUAUUUGUUGUACAUAAGCGCAGCAUCUUUAAAGAUUAUUUACACACUCAGAGCUAAUUAUUUAUUAUAUCAUUUGUCUAGAAAAUAUGUUAUUCGGAGUCAGAACAUUUAUAUUUAUUGAGAAGUUUAUGAUCAAUAGUGUUUGAAGAGUUAAUUUUCUCACUGCCAAUUGACUAAGCAUUAUGUAUAUAUAUAUAUAUAUUCGCCACGAUAUUGUGUUGUCUGAAUUGUCUCCAUUCUUAUUUCAUGAGUAUUUACCAUUUUUGGUUACAUUUUCAUAACCUAGACACACAUUGUUUCAUCUAAUAUGCAACCGCGCUGAGCAAAACAAUUCAAUUAUGUUUUCUGGUUGAGCGAGGAGUGAACGCGGCACAUGUCUCACUAUUGUUGAAAUAAAAAUAAAGUGCGUAACGAGAGCUAUGCAGAUACCAUGUGUAUAUGAAAGAGAAAUAUGUUGUAAAAGUUGCGAUUUAAUUAAAUAGAAUUUUUCGUUCACAAGACACGAAACAUGCAAGUCUUGAAAAUACUGGAAUGUAGAUGGAUUUUUUUUUCUGAAACUUCACAUUUACCAUUGAAUUGAUUUUUCCUUUUUAUGUACAGAGAAAUUGAUAAUAGAAUCAUUUAAUUUUAUUUCUAAUUAAGUAACUAAAUUUAUUGUAGUCUUUAGUAGUUCAUAUUAUUUAUAUUACUAUUUACUGGAUUUUAGAUGAGCGAAAUGAUCGUUGAGUUUCGAUAGGAGAACACAUAUAUUAUUUUUGAAGACAAUUAAAUUAAAUGAAAAUUGUAAAAAAAAAAUUGAAAAAUGUAAAAACCAAAAAAAUAAAUAUGAAAAUGAACAACCGAGGAAAAAGAAAAUGGAACAAAUAAAAAAUGGAUUAUGAAUUAUA